CUGGCCUUGAGCUGCACUCGGCCCAAAUGGGCUCGGCCAUGAGUGACAAAAAAGGGCUCAGCUCCUUAAAUGGGCGAUUGCAUUUGAAAGGCAAAUGCAAUGCAACUGACGUAAUGGCAGGGUAUAUAAUUAGCCAAGCUGCUGGCAACAUGGAACAGUGAACAGCUAGCCAGCUGCAACAGCAAAUCCUCACCAGACACUACUCACAAUGAAGCUGCUAUUUUACAGUUGCCUUCUCCUGCUGCUGGCUGCGAUCGUGGUUCAGGCCAGCGUUUUACCUGCCAGCACUAGAGUAGCCAUUCCGGCACCGGCCCUGGUUCCCGUGUCAGCGAGUCAUCAAUUUGUGGCGCGCAACUACAAUGGCUUCUAUGUGCCAACGACGACGACUACUUGGCCAGCUUGGACGUCCUAUCCGAAUACCUACUAUAAGUACAGCGGCGCCUAUCCCACCUAUACCUAUCCCGGCUAUAGCUAUUCCUAUGGCUACUAUCCCAGCUAUCCCAGCUAUCCCGGCUAUGGCUAUGGCUAUAAGAGUGUUUGGUGAGGGAUGGCAA